AUUGAACUGGUAAAAUAUUUCACAGAAAAUGUACAGAUUGCUAGUUCGAGCAUUAUUUGGAAGAGAACCAUAUAAAUUGUUUUGAUUUGUGGUCUAACACUCUAUGAGUACCCCAUAAAUUGUCUCAUAGUUUCUUAAUUUACAAACUCAAAUAUGUAAACCAAAGCCAACAUAAAUAAAAACUCUUCACGGCAUGUUCUUCAUUAAGCUCUUCACCAUCGUCUUCUUAAGCUUCUUUUUUCACUCGUCUUCGUGAGUCUCUACCAUGACCUCUAAUAUAAGUUAAGCCGAAGCGACUUUUCCCUUGACCAAUAAACAAAAACGACUUUUCCACACUCUUUGAGUACACUAUAAAUUGGCAUAGUCUCUUACAAACUCAAAUACCCAAACCAAAGCCAAAAACAAACUCUUCAACAUGUUCUUCAUUAUCAAGCUCUUCACCAUCUUCUACUUAAGCUUCUUUUGUGAAUCCCUAAAGUCCGACUUCACUUACAAUGGCUUCCGUCCUCCACCGACUGACAUAUCCAUCCAAGGAAUUACCACAUUCACACCCAACGGUCUCUUGAUGCUAACCAACACAACCAUGCAAAGCGUCGGUCACGCCUUCUAUACCAAACCAAUCCGGUUUAAAGAUUCUCCAAACGGCACCGUCUCGUCUUUCUCCACUACUUUUGUAUUGGCUAUUCAACCUCAGACCCCACUUGUUGGUACCCACGGUAUGGCCUUUGUCGUUGCUCCUAGCCCUAGCCUCCCGUUGGCCACCUUCGGCCAAUACCUCGGUCUCUUCAAUGUCACAAACGACGGUAACGAUAGUAAUCAUGUAUUCGCUGUCGAGUUUGACACGAUUAGGAAUAUGGUAUUCAAUGAUACGAACAAUAACCAUGUUGGAAUCGAUAUCAAUAGCUUAAACUCGGCGAAAAGUUCGCUGGCUGGGUACUGGGACGAGAAAGAUCAGUUUAAUAAUCUGACUUUGAUCAGUAGUAAGCGAAUGCAGGUUUGGAUCGGUUACGAUGGUCGUAGCCAUCGAAUCGAUGUAACGAUGGCUCCCUUCAACGAGAAUAAACCUAGAAAACCACUUGUUUCUAUAGUCAGAGAUCUGUCUUCGGUUCUGUUGCAAGAUAUGUACGUAGGUUUCUCGUCAGCAACUGGUACUAUUGUGUCCGAACAUAUAGUUCUUGGGUGGAGUUUUCGGGUGAAAGGGGAAGCUCAGCCAUUGGCCUUAUCGAAACUUCCGAAGUUGCCUGUGUGGAAUUCAAAACCAACGAGAGUCUACAGAUUCUACAAGAAUUGGGUGCCGUUGAUUUCCGUCUUGUUGAUUUUCCUCUUGAUUGUUAUCUUCCUCGUGCGCUUCAUCGUGAGGAGGAGGAGAAAGUUCGCUGAGGAGCUCGAAGAUUGGGAAACAGAGUUCGAGAAGAACCGGCUAAAGUUCAAGGACUUGUACUAUGCCACCAAAGGGUUCAAGGAUAAGAACCUUCUUGGAUCAGGCGGGUUCGGGAGGGUUUACAGAGGUCUCAUGCCCAAGACAAAGAAGGAUAUCGCCGUGAAGAGAGUCUCCAAUGAAUCCAGACAAGGGUUGAAAGAGUUUGUGGCUGAGAUCGUUAGUAUUGGACAGAUGAGUCACCGGAACUUAGUCCCUCUCUUGGGCUAUUGCCGCCGGAGAGACGAGCUUCUUCUGGUGUAUGAUUACAUGCCCAAUGGAAGCUUAGACAAGUAUUUGUACAACAGUCCAGAGGUAACCCUCGAUUGGAGACAGAGGUUUAAAGUCAUUAAUGGUGUGGCCUCUGCCUUAUUCUACCUCCAUGAGGAAUGGGAACAAGUGGUGAUUCACCGCGACGUCAAAGCGAGCAACGUCUUGUUAGACGCGGAGCUCAAUGGGAGACUUGGGGAUUUUGGUUUAGCUCAGUUGUGUGAUCACGGGUCUGAUCCUCAAACAACGCACAUUGUUGGAACGUGGGGAUACCUAGCCCCCGAUCACAUCAGGACAGGACGGGCCACUACCGGUACUGAUGUUUUUGCAUUUGGGGUACUCCUACUAGAAGUGGCAUGUGGUAGACGUCCUAUCGAGAUUGAUCACGUAAGUGGUGAGAGGGUCGUGCUCGUGGCUUGGGUUUUUGGGUUGUGGAUGGAGGGAAACAUCUUGAAUGCUACGGAUCAGAAUCUAGGGUCCGAGUAUAACCAAAGCGAGGUCGAAAUGGUUUUGAAGCUAGGUUUGUUGUGCUCUCACGCUGACCCACAAGCUAGACCAACUAUGAGACAAGUGCUACAUUAUCUAAGGGGAGAUUCAAUGUUACCAGAUUUGUCGGCGGUAGACUUACGUGGGAGUGGGAUUAUGUUGGGAACCAACCACGGAUCUAAUGAAUCAGGCAUGUUUACCACUGGAUCUUCAGUCGCUUAUUCUGUACUCUCCAGCGGGAGGUGAUUUUCGUAUAUCAUAACGUUCGUUCGUAGAAAGCAUUAUCUACAAAAUCUUGACCAUGUUUACGUAUAUGAUCAGUGUUGUACUCUUGACCUGAAAUAACUGAAGCUCCAAGAUUUAAAGUCGAUAUGGUUGAUGCAAAUGGAUUAUAAAGAGAAAUAUGAAAGUGUAUGAUUGUCAAAGAAUAUACACCAAGUGACUUUUGAAAUAUUAGUAGUAACACAUGUAUCAAGA